CUCUCUCUCUCUCUCUCUCAUUAUCUAACCACACAACACAACAUAAAACACCAACCAUAGACAGAAUCUCACAAGAAAUAACAUUGUGAGUACUUCAUCAUCCCAACAGUAGUUAAAACUAUACACAACAAAAUUCUAGUCACAUAGUGUUUCUUUAUUUUUCUUUUUGUACCACUUUUGAGUUUUGUUGAGAAUAUGAGUAGUACUCCUGAAGACAACUUAAGAAGUCUGUCUUUAGAUUAUCUAAAUCUUCUCAUAAAUGGACAAGCUUUUAGUGAUGUUGCUUUUAGUGUUGAAGGUCGUUUAGUUCAUGCUCAUAGAUGCAUCUUAGCUGCAAGGAGUCAUUUCUUCAGAAAAUUCUUUUGUGGGCCAGACUCACCUCGGUCUGGCCCACAACAACUUGACCCAACCGGGUCAAGAAUGGGACCCGUCGGCGGUGUAUCAUCACCGAGGGGUUCGGGUUCGGGUUCAGUGAUACCAGUAAACUCAGUAGGGUAUGAGGUAUUCUUGUUGAUGUUGCAGUUUUUGUACAGUGGACAAGUCUCAAUUGUGCCACAAAAACAUGAGCCAAGGCCUAAUUGUGGGGAAAGAGGUUGUUGGCAUACACAUUGCACCUCAGCCGUUGAUCUUGCUCUUGACACUCUCUCUGCCGCUAGAUCUUUUGGUGUUGAACAACUUGCUUUGCUCACUCAG